AUCCGAACCAAGUGGAUCCCACUGGUGAAUGGAAGGACUGAGAGGGGGUCCAGGUUGCCUAUUAUUCUGGUGGGCAACAAGUCAGACCUGCGACUGGGGAGCGCCAUGGAGGCCGUGCUGCCCAUCAUGAGCCAGUUCCCUGAGAUAGAGACUUGCGUGGAGUGUUCAGCCAAGCAACUGAGGAACAUUUCAGAGCUGUUUUACUACGCCCAGAAGGCUGUUCUGCAUCCCACAGCCCCUCUCUAUGAUCCAGAAGCCAAGCAGCUGCGGCCCGCAUGCAUCCAGGCCCUCACGCGCAUCUUCAGACUCUCGGACCAGGACCUGGACCACACGCUCAGCGACGAGGAGCUCAGUGCCUUCCAGAAGUCUUGCUUUGGCCACCCUCUGGCCCCACAGGCCCUGGAGGACGUGAAGAGGGUAGUGUGUAAGAACGUGGAAGGCGGCGUGCGUGACAACGGGCUGACCCUGGAGGGUUUCCUCUUCUUGAACACACUCUUCAUCCAGCGUGGCCGGCACGAGACCACAUGGACCAUCCUGCGGCGGUUCGGUUACAGCGACACGCUGGAGCUGACGGCUGAUUACCUCUUCCCACCGCUCCACGUGCCCCCUGGCUGCAGCACGGAGCUCAACCACCUUGGCUACCAGUUUGUGCAGCGGGUGUUUGAGAAACAUGACCAGGUAAGUGCCACAGUGCUGCUCCCCUCACCCCUCCUGUCCCCCACGGGCUCCC